CAAAAAGAGAAAUUAAAUCAUUUAUUUUCGUUUUAUUCUCUUUGUGUUUAAUUUCUGCUUGUUUUCUCCAUCUAAUUAACUUAAUUAUGCCCCAAUUGAUUAAUGGAUCAAAUGGUUCAUCGAAUGAUCCAAGUCGAUUCAUUCACUUCGAUCAUGUUGUUUUCUGGGUUGGAAAUGCCAAACAAGCGGCCACUUAUUAUUGCGUCGAAAUGGGUUUCACUCCGUUGGCUUACAAGGGAUUAGAAACUGGAUCACGGCAAUUGGCCUUUCACGCGAUUAAACAAAAUAAGAUCAUCUUUGUGUUCGUCUCCCCAUUGGAACCAGGAAAUCAAGAGUUAGGCCAACAUUUGAUUACUCACGGCGACGGAGUGAAAGACGUCGCCCUGCGAGUCCAAGGAAUCGAACAGAUCGUCAGUAAAGCGAAAGCUCAAGGUGCCAAUGUGGUCAAAGAAAUUUGGACCGAAACCGACGGAAAAGGUUCCGUUAAAUUUGCUCAAAUUCAAACGUUCGGUGAUACAACUCACACUCUCAUCGAGAGAGACAAUUACAAUGGACUCUUUUUACCAGGUUACGAGGAGUCGCCGUUGGAGAUUAAACUUCUUGAUAAUUUAUCUCCGGUUGGUCUUAAUUUCGUUGAUCAUUGUGUUGGUAAUCAACCAGAAACCGAAAUGGAAAAGGUUGUUAAUAAAUAUGAGAAACAAUUAACUUUCCAUAGAUUCUGGUCAGUUGAUGAUUCUCAAAUUCACACUGAUUAUUCAGCUUUACGAUCAAUUGUGAUGACAAAUCCUGAGGAAACAAUUAAAUUACCAAUCAAUGAACCAGCGAGAGGUAAAAAACAAUCACAGAUUCAAGAGUAUCUUGAUUAUUAUGGUGGACCAGGUAUUCAACAUAUCGCUCUUAACACUGAUAAUAUAAUUGAAGCAAUUAAAGCUCUUCGAGCUCGAGGUAUGCAAUUUCUCAAUGUACCAUCAACAUAUUACAACAAUUUACGUAAUCAACUUAAAUCAAGUCCAAUCCAUGUGAAGGAAGAUCUCGAUGAAUUGGAAAAACUUCAAAUUCUGGUUGAUCACGAUGAAAAUGGUUACUUGUUACAAAUAUUUACUAAACCAGUUCAGGACAGGCCAACACUUUUCCUGGAGAUAAUUCAACGACAUAAUCACAAUGGUUUCGGUGCUGGAAAUUUUAAAUCACUUUUCCAGGCAAUUGAGGCUGAACAAGAGAAACGAGGAAAUCUCAAAGAUUUUUAACACAAUUAGCUAAUUGCUUGUAACCUUUUAAAAUACAAUUUACAUUUCAAAUAAAAAGUUCCCUUUUAGUCAA